AUGCUGAAACAAACUAAGAUGAUCUAUGUAUAGAAUUUUUUUUUAACCAUUAACCUUUUGUUACAAGUUUUAAGCUAGCUUUUGUUACAGAUUUUAUAUAUAUUUAACCAUACCCAAUAAACUUACAAGUCCUGAGAUAAAGAGUAUACACAAUAGUCUUAAGAGGUUUUACUGAGAGCAGAGAGCAAAGAAAUCCUAGAAAUGACAGAGUUUUCGAGGGUGGGAAGAAGACAAAGCUUAGGGAUGAGAGACUUGAGAGUGUGAAGCGGAGCAAGCUCAGCUCUGAGGGGUUUGGGGAAUCAUUCCUUGUGCAGUGGCAGGAGUUGUUAUGGUCUGCAAGAAUUCAAAAAUAGAGUGUGUCAUGUUUUGGCCAUUGAGCUGUAGUGAAGCCAAGCCAUCUGCAGAAGGUCAGCAAAGCUUUUAUGAAAUCUCUGAGUUAGAGAAGGAAAAGAGAUUAGAUAAGGAGGGAAAGGGUUACAAAAUGGGAACUCCACCCACGGGAGGAUUCCAAUCUUGUAGAAACUCGUAAGGGCGCUGUGGAAAGUAAUAAGGCUCCAGUGAACCAAUGGGAGGGACAAAGGCAGAGCAGGCAGCUCCUAGCUGCAGGUAAGAACGCUCCAGGAGGGAGUAGAGAACAUGUGGGGAUGGAGAAAAUGUGGGGAGGAAGAAGGAAAGUGUCCUGGUGACAAGAAUUACAGUAUGAGGCAUCCCUAAGUGGAUUGAGAGACCUGUCAGAGAAAAUUUUCCCAAAUAGUAAAGGAGAGGUGUCUCUUUCCAUGUGAUGGGGUCCUAGGAGGCAAGAGGAGCUUCCCAGCACACUGGUGUGCUUUUAUUAAGCUCCAGGGAGCCAACAGAGACAAAACAGGCUGCGGUGCUGGGGUGGUAUUUCCCCAUUAGACAAAGAGAGCAGGUCAGGGGAGAAGCAGAGCCUUUCCAUGUGAUGGGUGCCCAGGAGAGCAUAGCAGGCUCCCAGAGCCACAGAGACUGAGAACCAGAAUCACAGAGAAGAAGCACACCAGGCAGAGGGAAGACGCAGGUAAAGAGGCAGACUCUAGAACUUAGAAUCUACUAUGGUGGGUGGCAGAAAUCAGCAGAAACAAUCAAAUCAGUGGCCUGGUUUGUUUAGGAGAGGCCAGGCCCCCUUGGAAAGAGAUCCAUUUACAUCUCACCUGGUGGUUUCAGCACCAGACACAUAAACUGAAGGAGGACCUGACCAUUUCAAGGCAGUCUUUGACCAUCCUCGCCUUGCCAGUGUAAGCCACAGAAGUAAAAAGAACACCAGCAACCGCUCUGAAGUACCCUGGGGCCGGCAGAUGAUGGACAGCAGGAAACAGACAGCUGAGACCCUGCUGUCCUUGGCUCCUGCCGAAGUUGCCAACCUCAAGGAAGGAAUCAAUUUUUUUCGAAAUAAGACUACUGGGAAAGAAUACAUUUUAUACAAGGAGAAGGACCACCUAAAGGCAUGCAAGAACCUCUGCAAGCACCAAGGAGGCCUGUUCAUGAAAGACAUCGAGGAUUUAGAUGGAAGGUCUGUUAAAUGCACAAAGCACAACUGGAAGUUAGAUGUGAGCACCAUGAAAUACACCAACCCUCCAGGGAGCUUCUGUCAAGAUGAGCUUGUUGUUGAAAUGGAUGAAAACAAUGGGCUUUCCCUUAUAGAACUGAACCCUCCUAACCCCUGGGACUCUGAUCCCAGGUCUCCUGAGGAAUUAGCUUUUGGGGAAGUACAGAUAACAUAUCUCACUCAUGCCUGCAUGGACCUCAAGCUGGGAGACAAGCGGAUGGUGUUUGACCCUUGGUUAAUUGGCCCUGCUUUCGCCCGAGGAUGGUGGUUGCUACAUGAGCCUCCAUCGGACUGGUUGGAGAGGUUGUGCAAAGCAGACCUCAUUUAUAUCAGCCACAUGCACUCAGACCACCUGAGUUACCCUACCCUGAAGCAGCUUUCCCAGAGACGACCAGACAUCCCCAUUUAUGUUGGUGACACAGAAAGGCCUGUAUUUUGGCACCUGGAUCAGAGCGGUGUCCAGUUAACUAACAUCAACGUGGUUCCAUUUGGAAUAUGGCAACAGGUAGACCAAAACCUCCGGUUCAUGAUCUUGAUGGAUGGCGUUCAUCCUGAGAUGGACACGUGCAUUAUUGUGGAGUACAAAGGUCAUAAAAUACUCAACACAGUGGACUGCACCAGACCCAAUGGGGGAAGGCUUCCUGAGAAAGUUGCUCUAAUGAUGAGUGAUUUCGCUGGAGGAGCAUCAGGCUUUCCGAUGACUUUCAGUGGUGGAAAAUUUACUGAGGAAUGGAAAGCCCAGUUCAUCAAGGCAGAAAGAAGAAAGCUUCUGAAUUACAAAGCUCAGCUGGUGAAGGAUCUACAGCCUCGAAUCUACUGUCCAUUUGCUGGGUACUUUGUGGAAUCUCACCCAUCUGACAAGUAUAUUAAGGAAACAAACACCAAAAAUGACCCAAAUCAGCUCAACAAUCUUAUCAAGAAAAACUCUGAUGUGGUGACGUGGACCCCACGGCCUGGAGCUACCCUCGACCUGGGCAGGAUGCUAAAGGACCCAACAGACAGCAAGGGCAUCGUGGAGCCUCCAGAAGGGACAAAAAUUUACAAGGAUUCCUGGGACUUUGGCCCAUACCUGAAGAUCUUGAAUUCUGCUGUCAGAGAUGAAAUCUUCCUUCACUCAGCCUGGAUUAAAGAGUACUUCACUUGGGCUGGAUUUAAGAAUUACAACCUGGUGGUCAGGAUGAUUGAAACAGAUGAAGACUUCAACCCUUUACCUGGAGGGUACGACUAUCUGGUGGACUUUCUAGAUCUAUCCUUUCCAAAAGAAAGGCCCAGCCGGGAGCAUCCUUAUGAAGAAAUCCGUAGCCGUGUGGAUGUCAUCAGGCACGUGGUGAAGAACGGCCUUCUGUGGGAUGAUCUAUAUAUUGGAUUCCAGACCCGAUUGCAGCGGGACCCUGACAUAUACCAUCAUCUGUUUUGGAAUCAUUUUCAGAUAAAACUCCCUCUAACACCGCCCAACUGGAGGUCAUUCCUAAUGCACUGUGGUUAGGCUGGACCUGCCGUGUCCCAGGACCCCAGCCCAUAGGAUGGUGCCUGCACAAUCAACAUGGGUCUUCCCUGCUUGGAUAAACCCUUCUGGAAACUCUUUCAUAGACACGGCCAUAACUAUCAUUAUUCAUUAGCAGUGACUUAUUCAGAGAUGGCAAACAAUGCCCCAAAAUCAAGAAUUUGCUCUUACAUCUUGAAUGCAGCAGUUUAUGUCAAAGAAGACACAUUUCUAUCAGCAGUGGGCAAACACUACAUUUAAGGGAUGUUCACAUAUGUGCCUGUUGUGCAUUAUUACAUAGACUGACUCAGAAAUACUUUACUGGGGCUGGUGUUGUGGCUUGGUAGUAUAGCGUUUGCUUAGAAUAGAUGAGGCCCUGGGUUUCACCCCCAGUAUGCCCCCAAA